AUGCGCGUCUCCGUUGCUGUUCUCGUUGCCUUUACAGGACUCGGCCUUGCCGCACCGACCAAUUGGGACAGGUUCUCCGACAUGAUCAACGCCCAGGUGAACAGGGGAAUGUCGAGCUUUAGGCAAGGCUGGGGGCAGAAUGCACAGGGCAGGAACAUGAACACGAACCGGUGGGGCAGCAACCAGGCGGCAAAUGCACCUUCGUAUACGGGGGACGACGAUGAUGAUGAUGACGUCGACACGGACAGCUGGACGAAAAAAUUCCCGAGUGUGUUCAAUGGCAAUGCCUUCCGUCAAAAUGUAGCUGCAACUGCGAAGCAGGGCAGCAAAUGUGUUGCGACAGGAGGUGGUUGGUGUACAACAAACUAG